UUAGAGCUCUUCUCUCGCGAGAUCUUCAGCGUACUGGAGUCAGCUGUGGUGGUCGCCAAGUGGGCGGUAGUGAUUGGUCUUGCUGCAGUUUUUCUGCACAUUUCGGUCUGGCCCAGAGGCGCUAAGAUAUACAGAAAAAUGGAGUAUAUGACAGAACCCGUGAAGCACACACCUGGACACAUCUUGUGCUGCGAUUGCGGUGUCCCGAUCAGUCCAAAUCCUGCCAAUAUUUGUGUGGCUUGUCUGCGAAGUAAAGUAGAUAUCAGCCAAGGCAUUCCGAAACAAGUCUCUGUAUCUUUCUGCAAACAGUGCCAAAGAUAUUUCCAGCCACCAGGAACUUGGGUACAAUGUGCAUUAGAAUCUAGGGAACUUCUUGCAUUGUGUUUGAAAAAAAUCAAAGCCCCUCUGAGUAAGGUACGGCUUGUAGAUGCAAGCUUUGUUUGGACUGAGCCGCAUUCUAAGAGACUUAAAGUUAAACUAACUAUUCAGAAAGAGGUGAUGAAUGGUGCUAUCCUUCAGCAAGUGUUUGUGGUGGAUUAUGUUGUUCAGCCCCAGAUGUGUGGAGAUUGCCAUAGAGUGGAAGCUAAGGAUUUCUGGAAGGCUGUGGUUCAAGUCAGGCAAAAGACUUUGCACAAAAAAACUUUCUAUUAUCUGGAACAGUUGAUUUUGAAAUAUGGCAUGCACCAGAAUACACUUCGUAUCAAAGACAUUCAUGAUGGUCUGGAUUUCUAUUAUUCCUCAAAACAACAUGCUCAGAAGAUGGUAGAAUUUCUUCAGUGUACAGUUCCCACUAGAUACAAAGCCUCACAGAGACUGAUCUCUCAGGAUGUCCAUAGUAACACAUACAAUUACAAAAGCACUUUUUCUGUGGAAAUUGUUCCAAUAUGCAAGGAUAAUGUUGUUUGUCUGUCUCCAAAACUGGCACAAAGCCUGGGAAACAUGAACCAGAUUUGUGUGUGUAUUCGAGUAACCAGCGUCAUCCAUCUCAUAGAUCCAAAUACCCUACAAGUUGCAGAUAUUGAUGGCAACACUUUUUGGAGUCACCCUUUCAAUAGUUUAUGCCAUCCCAAACAGCUAGAGGAGUUUAUUGUUAUGGAAUGCAGCAUAGUACGAGAUCUAAAGCGCAAUGCAGGUGCUGGAAUGAUAUCAAAAAAGCAUACCCUCGGGGAAGUCUGGGUACAGAAAACAUCUGAAAUGAAUACAGAUAAACAGUAUUUUUGUCGCACUCAUUUGGGACAUCUUCUAAAUCCUGGAGACCUGGUGUUGGGGUUUGAUUUGGCCAACUGUAACUUAAAUGAUGAGCAUGUCAACAAAAUGAAAUCAGAUAGAGUCCCAGAUGUGGUGUUAAUCAAGAAGAGCUAUGACCGUACCAAACGUCAGCGUCGUAGAAACUGGAAACUGAAAGAGCUUGCAAGAGAUAGAGAAAACUUGGAUACAGAUGAUGAAAGGCAAUACCAAGAUUUCCUUGAAGAUCUUGAAGAAGAUGAGGCAAUUAGAAAAAAUGUGAACAUUUAUAGAGAUUCAACCAUUCCUGUGGAAGGUGACACAGAUGAUGAAGGAGCACCUCGAAUUAGUCUGGCUGAGAUGCUUGAAGACCUUCACAUUUCCCAAGAUGCUACUGGUGAAGAAGGUGAAUCGAUGAUGACAUAAUGAGAUCAUGUUGUAGAUGGUUUCCACAUCCGUAGGCUUAGGAUGUUGGACAAAAAUAAUUUUUACUGUCUAUUCUGUCUAUGCCUUCAUAUUGAGAGAAGAGAAAUUUAGUUUUAAACCUGAAUAAAUAUGACUAUUUUGAUCGUUCACUUGAAGCACUGAUAAAGGUUGAUGGCUUUGAAGUUUUCGAUAAAAAAAUGCAGAAUGUAAUUAUUACUGAUAUUUAGGCCAUUUUACAUAUGGAAUUUUAUUGGCUUGCUUUUUUAUCAGACACUAGUAUUUUCACGUACUAUAGCUCUGGGUUUAAAAGCUCACAAGUUGUGAUUCCUUGGAGGUUACCUAAAUCUUCAAGCAGAAAACAAGCUUUCACAUUCUUUUUAUAUUGAUUGCUUUAGUAGAAGAGCAUAUGAAGAAUCAUUUUUAAUAAGAACUUGCCAUGCACUUAGUCCACUUUAGAUCAUUUUUAUGUCCUUGGGAUACAAAACUUGGGGUUCGGUUUAUCGUUGGACAUUCAGUAGGAAAGCUGUCUUUUUUAUUUGUAAUAUUUACAUCUUCAAAAGCUGUUAAGCUGGGGAUUAUCUUAAUUUUCAUUGCAGAAGAAAGUAUAUUUAAAAUAUUUGUAGAUUUGUAGCAAACAGUAUUUAAAGGUUAAAUAACAGUUUAUACCUUUGUUGUUUUGGCUUGUGCCAGCAGCUUAAUAAAGUAGCUGCUUAUGUCAUAAAAAUGUCUUCCUAUCACUUCAGGGAUUUCGCUUUUAAAAUUUUGGUUUACAAAUUGAGAAGGAAUUCUCUCUUUAUAAGUUUCUAUCACUGAACACAUCACUAUCAAAAAGAAUAUUAGAAUCCAGCAUAUAGUUGAUGAAGUAAUGAAAAUGAUCUUCAUGCUUUAUAAAACCACGAAUCAGAUUUGAAUGAGGAAUGCCUUCCACAUCCUUGAAGGAAAAGCAUUGGCUUGGGUUUUAAAGUGUUCUGAAAAUGAAGUAUUAAGAUCCUAUUUCUAUAAGCAAGAUCAGACUUACUAAGCACUAAUUCAUAAAUUCUAUAUAUACCACUAUAUAAGGAAAUUGAGUAAGUGCUGAAUGGAACAUUUUCUUUUUUUUAAGAUCAGACUCCCUAAUUCUGAAGUUUUGAAUAAAGGCCUGUGCUUUCUAAAGUGGCUUCUGUCUGCAAAUUUAAAGUUUCUACCUGUGGUCUGUGUUUACCCCUUCUAUGUCAAGACUUUAAAAAGCAUGAAAAUAAAAACAUUCUCCCCCUUU